CCUUUGGCAGUACAUGGCAUAGCAAUGUGAAGUGGAAACCAAACAACAGUUGUAGAAUUCCCUCCAAACAAGAACCUUAUCAAAAUGACAAACCUUAUCCUAAACUAGAAAACCAGCAAACCACUUAGUUCAAAAACACAAGAAAAUUUCCUGAAAGCCAUGGCAGCAUUAACCUGCCACCUUAAACCAGCAAAUUACUACACUAAAGGAAGACCCCUCAUUUCUUGCACAAUGCAACAGCCAACCCAGAGUAACAUCAAGGUAAUCAUAAAUGGUGCGGCCAAGGAAAUAGGACGGGCAGCUGUGAUUGCGGUGACCAAAGCAAGAGGAAUGGAGGUGGCUGGUGCAGUAGAUAACUAUUGUGUUGGAGAAGACAUUGGAAAGGUAUGUGACAUGGAAGAAGCACUGGAAAUACCCAUAAUGAAUGACCUUACAAUGGUUUUGGGCUCAAUAUCACAGUCAAGAGCAACGGGUAUUGUGGUUGAUUUCACUGAUCCUUCAACUGUAUAUGACAAUGUAAAACAGGCAACAGCAUUCGGCAUGAAAAGCAUUGUUUAUGUGCCGCGCAUUGAGCUAGAUACAGUGGCAGCAUUAUCUGCAUUCUGUGACAAGGCCAGCAUGGGUUGUCUUGUAGCACCAACAUUGUCAAUAGGAUCUAUACUUCUUCAACAGGCAGCAAUCACAGCCUCCUUCCACUACAACAACGUGGAAAUCGUUGAAUCGAAACCAACAGCAAGAGAUUUUCCAUCACAAGAUGCAAUUCAAAUUGCCAACAACUUGUCAAAUCUCGGCCAGCUCUACAACCGAGAAGAUAUUUCAACUGAUGUUAUGGCAAGGGGUCAAGUUAUAGGAGAAGAUGGAGUUCGAGUGCACAGUAUGGUUCUUCCAGGUCUUCCCUCAAGCACAACAGUUUACCUUUCGGGCCCAGGAGAGGUGUUCACUCUUAAACAUGAGAUCACAGAUGUGCAAAGCCUGAUGCCAGGUCUGAUCAUGGCCAUAAGGAAGGUUGUACGACUAAAGAGCUUGGUAUAUGGCUUGGAGAAGCUUAUGUAAAGGAUCAGAAGGUUUUUCUCACAUAUCAAAAACUAUCAAUGUUUGGAGCCUCUUUCAUAUUCUUAUGUCUCAAGCAACCAGAAGUCAGAAGAAAAGGGCUAACUCAGGGAUCACAUAAAAGGAAGGACAGAUUAACUCUUCCAAUAUUAAUAGAAACCCCAGAAAGCCAUUCAGAGAGCAUGUAACAUGCUGAUGAGAUAUCACGUACAAAACAGAACUGAACAGACCUUUUAUUCCUGACACCUAAACACAUUUAUAACAUCAUAGAAGUAUUAUUAUUUAGUCCUUCCAAAAGAUUUUGUUUAUGA